AUGGUGCCGGAGGACGGCGCGCAACAGGGGGCGGCCGCCACCGUGGAGCACCCCGUGGUGUCGGAGGUGGACUCGUUCCGGCGCCAGGUCGACGACCUCGCCUCCAAGACCGACGUGCUGGAGAGGAGGGUGAACGAGGUGGUAGGGUUCUACGACGUCAAGAAGCAUGGCAGUGGAGGGCGCAGGGCCAGUGGUAGCAGCAGGUAUGCGGCGAAUGGUGCAAGGGACAGCAACUGCAAAGGGAUGCCCGACCUCAUGCGCCAGCUUACCGGUAUCAUUCGCCAGAUCACGUCUCAUGAAUGGUCAGCGCCAUUUCUGCAACCAGUAGAUGUUGUAGGCCUACAACUUGAUGACUAUCACAAGAUUAUAACAAAACCUAUGGAUUUCUCGACCAUCCAAAACAAAAUGGAAGGGAAGGAUGGUACCAAGUAUAAAAGUGUUCGAGAAAUACAUUCUGAUGUUAGAUUAAUUUUUACCAAUGCAAUGACAUACAAUGAUGAACAUCACGAUGUUCACAUAAUGGCCAAGUUAUUACUUGAGAAAUUUGAGGAGAAAUGGCUCCAGCUUCUCCCUAAAGUUGAGAAUGAGGAAAGGAAACAACAGGUGGAACCAAACGAUGCUCCAACCACAGACACUUCUCCGGAAGAUGCUAUUGCAAAAUUAGCAAAAGAUACUGAUGAUGAGCUGAAUGAGAUUAAUAAGCAGCUGGAGGAGCUUCGGAACAUGGUGGUUCAGAGAUGCAGAAAAAUGACCACAGACGAGAAGAGAAAACUCGGUGCAGGCCUUUGCCACCUGACCCCGGAAGAUCUUAGCAAGGCACUGGAGCUGGUCGCACAAGACAAUCCUGACUUCCAAACUACAGCAGAAGAAGUGGACCUUGACAUGGAUGCUCAGAGCGAGACGACCCUCUGGAGGCUGAAGUUCUUUGUGAGGGAAGCGUUGGAGCGACAGGCCAGCGCAGCCGCGGCCCCUGGCAAGACCGACGAAAACGCGAAGAGGAAGCGCGACAUCUACAAUGCUCUAGCCAAGACCGCCUCGAAACGGAUCAGGAGAUAG